UGUCAAUUGAAUACUAAAUUAUUUGCUGGGUUAGUUCUUUAAUUACAAGAAAAUGUCGUUUUGUAGUUUCUUCUUCACCAAAUUUUCCUGGAUGGAAACGAUUCAGGGUGUAAGAAAGGAGGGAGAUAUAGGUGGCCUUUCUUCCCCGGCUCAUGUCCUCUGCAACUAGUCAAAUGAAUAAUUUUCUGUGUGGUUGUGCAGAACCGUGACGAUUCUGGUGAGGUAGGUGGACUGUGCGGAAUCCGGAAACCAAACGGAUCACACAAAAUCUAUCCCAAUUCGGGAAGCUCUAGCUCCUUCCUAGAUUGACUUUGACGAGCACAGAGAGAGGUUUAGUUUUUGUGGAAGACCAUUUUUAACUUGUUGGAAAAUGACACCUAACGCGUCGGAUGAGUGGUUAGACUUACCUCACCAGUUCACCACCUUUUCCCUCUGCCUGCUCCCUCUACAUAUAUAAAGUCUCUCUUGUCACUCCUUAAUUAUAUCACAGGAGAUGGAAGUGAUGGCGAUCAAAGACGAUGGAAGCAAGCCGGCAGAUUUGUUUUCGGAGCAGGAGGAGGAUGAACUGUUUGAGAUAGACAUCGAGGCGGUGAACAGAAAUCACAUGUCGUCGGACGCCGAUGGCUGCAGCGGAGUAUCAAGUGCAAGUUCGUCAAAAGCCGCUGCAACUGCCCUUUUCGCCAACUGCCUGCUGCCAAUAGCUCAUGUAUCCUCUGCGGUUCCCAUGGCCAGCGCCGCCGCGACUUGUUAUUAUUCUGUUGUGUCGUUGGAGGAACAACUCCUUCUCUACAGGCUGCACCGCCGUAACUUUCAGCAUAUCACUUUCGGGGAGAUGUUGUGUCUCACAGAUGACGACGAGUGAGAAGAAGAGGAAGGAGGACGGGGAAGCCACCAUUGAUCUUAGGUUGGUGGAAGGGCGAAUUCGAUGGAGUUGGGGACUGCUGUUUGUUUGACGAGUGGUGGAUAUUUGUUGUUCUUGUAGGUUUUUCUAACCAAUUGGCUUGACUUGUCUCUCUUCGAUGCCACUAGACUAUAGGAUUACGUACAAUACCAUGACAACCACCUCAAACUAUGUAUAGUUUAAGUAUUUUGUAGGUGAGCUUUAACUUUCUCAUGAGUGGUAUUGGUAUUAUUUAUGUUAAGGGGUUUGUGUAAGCUAAUUAUAUUAGGUGCAGAGAUGAUGAAUGAUGUAUCAACUCGAAUGAUGAUGAUAAUCAUGGAUGGUUAGUCUUAUUAUUA